GCGCAGCUGUGGCGGCGGCGGCGGCGAUUCCCGCUCGCCACGCCGCGCCGCCGCGCCGGGCGAGCGAGCGAGGGUUCCAAGCCCCGAAGGUUACAUAAUGGAAUAUGACCAUUACCUCAAGAAACUUUAUGUUUUGGAAUAACUGACUGCAUUUGUUCUCUGCUGACUCCUCUUUUGAACUCAUUGUUUUUGGUGUCCUUUUGAAGCAAAGCCAAAGAGAUUAUACCAUGGACUAUAAGGAAAGCUGCCCAAGUGUAAGCAUCCCCAGCUCUGAUGAGCACAGAGAGAAAAAGAAGAGAUUUACGGUUUAUAAGGUUCUGGUCUCUGUGGGCAGAAGUGAAUGGUUUGUCUUCAGGAGAUAUGCAGAGUUUGACAAGCUUUACAAUACUUUGAAGAAACAGUUUCCUGCUAUGGCCCCUAAGAUUCCAGCAAAGAGGAUAUUUGGUGAUAAUUUUGAUCCAGAUUUUAUUAAGCAGAGAAGAGCAGGAUUGAAUGAAUUCAUUCAGAACUUAGUUAGGCAUCCAGAGCUUUACAACCAUCCAGAUGUCAGAGCAUUCCUUCAAAUGGAUAGCCCAAAACAUCAGUCAGAUCCAUCUGAAGAUGAGGAUGAAAGAAGUACUCAGAAGCUACAUUCUACCUCACAGAACAUCAACCUGGGACCAUCUGGAAAUCCUCAUGCUAAACCAACAGACUUUGAUUUCUUAAAAGUUAUUGGAAAAGGCAGCUUUGGCAAGGUUCUUCUUGCAAAACGGAAACUGGAUGGGAAAUAUUAUGCAGUUAAAGUGUUACAGAAAAAGAUAGUUCUCAACAGAAAAGAGCAAAAACAUAUUAUGGCUGAACGUAAUGUGCUCUUGAAAAAUGUGAAACACCCAUUUUUGGUUGGAUUACAUUAUUCUUUCCAAACAACUGAAAAGCUUUAUUUUGUUCUGGAUUUUGUAAAUGGAGGGGAGCUGUUUUUUCACUUACAAAGAGAACGGUCCUUUCCUGAACAUAGAGCUAGAUUUUAUGCUGCUGAAAUUGCCAGUGCUCUGGGUUACUUGCACUCCAUCAAAAUAGUGUACAGAGACUUGAAACCAGAAAAUAUACUUUUGGAUUCUGUAGGACAUGUUGUCUUAACAGACUUUGGACUUUGUAAAGAAGGAAUUGCUAUAUCUGAUACUACAACAACAUUUUGUGGGACCCCAGAGUACCUUGCACCUGAAGUAAUCAAAAAGCAGCCCUAUGACAAUACUGUAGAUUGGUGGUGCCUUGGCGCUGUUCUGUAUGAAAUGCUCUAUGGAUUGCCUCCUUUUUAUUGCCGAGAUGUUGCUGAAAUGUAUGACAAUAUUCUCCACAAGCCCUUAAGUCUGAGGCCAGGCGUGAGCCUCACAGCAUGGUCGAUUCUGGAAGAACUCCUGGAAAAAAACAGGCAAAAUCGACUUGGUGCCAAAGAAGACUUUCUUGAAAUACAGAAUCAUCCUUUUUUUGAAUCACUCAGCUGGACUGACCUUGUACAGAAGAAAAUUCCACCACCAUUUAAUCCUAAUGUGGCAGGCCCAGAUGAUAUCAGGAACUUUGAUACAGUGUUUACAGAAGAAACCGUUCCAUAUUCGGUGUGUGUGUCUUCUGACUAUUCUAUAGUGAACGCCAGUGUACUGGAGGCAGAUGAUGCUUUCCUUGGUUUCUCUUACGCUCCUCCUUCAGAAGACUUGUUCCUGUAGCAUUUAGACUUCCAGGAAGCAUUGAGCACAUAUGAGUGGGACUGAAACUCCUGUUUGUGUGAAUUCAAAAAUGUUUAGUGCCUCAUUUUUAAUGUAAUGUUGAAACUAUGAAAAACGUAUUUUCUGCUGUAUGCAAGAAA